AUGUUGAAACUAAGAGAACAAGAAGCUUUAGAGAACAAGAAGCUUUGGAGGAUAAAUUCUCACUUGUAUUUUAUAUCUUGCCCAGAGGGAGGAAUCUCAGAGGGGAAGCCUAGUAAGAUAUCGGUUUCAGUCAUUUCUUCAAUCUCUGAGGUCUCAUCCUCUGACUGGGAUGCGUGCAGUUUGGAUGCUACCGGCGCUGAUAAAUAUAACCCAUUUCUUACUCAUGCUUUUCUUUCAAGCUUGGAACAGUCGGGUUCUGCAGUCAAGGAAACAGGAUGGAAUCCAAGCCUUAUCGUUGCCAAGGAUGCAAAUGAAAAUACUUUAGGUGUUGUUCCACUUUAUCUUAAAAGUCAUUCUUAUGGUGAAUUUGUUUUUGAUCAUUCCUGGGCUGAUGCAUACUAUAGUUUUGGGUCAAGAUAUUAUCCAAAGUUACAAUGUUGUGUCCCUUUUACUCCAGUAACUGGCCCAAGGAUUUUAGUACGGAAUACCUUGUUCAAAGAUCAAGUUUUUGACAUCAUAGUUUCUGCUCUUAAGGAUCUGACGGCCAAGUACCAGAUUUCAUCACUGCACAUUAGUGACAUUACCUUCCCAUCUGAAAAGGAGUGGGACAAACUGAAUGAAAAGGGGUUUCUACAAAGAAUUGGAAUGCAGUACCAUUGGAAAAAUCGUAAUUAUAAAAAUUUUGAUGAGUUCUUGAUGGACAUGAAGCAAAGUAAAAGGAAAAAUAUUCGUCAAGAGCGGAAGAAGGUUGGUCCUUUUAUCAUGAUCUAA